AUGGAAGAUGACUGUGUGCAUAUGGAAGAUGUUUCAUCGGACUCACAAGAUGUAGAAGAAUACUGUGGAAUAGGAUCCCAACCAGUACAUUCCUUCUCUGGCGGAACCAAUUUCUAUCGUAAUCAAAUAUUUGUCGACAAGAAACAACUCAAAAUGCUACUAAACGGAGCAGUGGUGAGGCAGUCUUUUGAUUAUCGUAUGGAGAAGAGCUACACCAAAUUAUUGAAGGCGAAAUGCAUAUAUCCUAGUUAUGGCUGGAACAAUAGAAUCACCAAUUCCUUCUCCCGGGUAUACAGUCAUGCACAUCAUGGACUUUGCAUGAGGCACCUUGCUGAAAAUCUCUAUGUAAAUCAACACUGUGGAGAACAUCUUUGUCUAUUCUUUGCUGCGGCAAAGGCGUAUUCCUUUGAUGAGUUUAGCGAGAAUUUUGAGGAAUUGAAGUAUAAUUGCCCCGAGGCAGCACAUGUUCUUGAAAAUGUACUUGGCUUUGAAAAAUGGAGUAGAGCACACUUCCUAGGCAAUAGGUACGAUGUGAUGACCACAAAUAUCGUCGAGUCGCUCAACUCGAUUUUGAUGGAUGAACGGGAGUACCCUGUAUCGCACAUAUUCAAUUCAAUUGCUAAAAUAUUUGGUAAAAAGUUUAGGGAGCGGUAUGCCUAUGUCGAUGAUAAAGAGAACAUAUUUGUUCCUUGUGCGGAAAAGAUCCUAAGGGGUAACAAGAGUGUGAGCGAUUCUUUGUAUGUGAAUAAUCCAAACGGGGUUCUCGACCAGUACACGGUGUUCAGCAAUGGUGUUACUGCCAAGUUCAAUCUCUUGGAGAGGAGUUGUUAUAGAAACUCCUUCUAUCAGUACUCUUCACCAAUUUAUAAAGCUGCAAGUUACCUCCUCUCAUACUCGGAAGUAAUUAACGUUGUCCCUCCAGAGGCUGAAUGGAAUAUACCACAGGAAUUGCUAGACACUAAAAUUUCUCCACUCCCCUACGAUCCAAAACUCGGAAGGAAGAAAGUAAAAAGAACUAAGGGCAUCAGUGAGAUGUUCAAGUCCAAAAGGAGGAAUAGAUGUUCAAUAUGCAAGAAAUCUGGGCACAAAAGAACCACGUGUAGCAUGGCCAACAAAUCAUAG